AUGAACGGAAACAACCAGUUACGUCAUGAAUUUUCUAGUAGGGGUCAACUAGUUUUACGAAACAACCAUUCAGAAAUGCAAAAGUAUGAUGCUGGUCAAGUCCAUAGACGUAGUCGCCAGGACCUCCACGAACAUGAGAGAAACCAGCAAAGGCCAUCCCAAAGCCAAACUUCAUCCAACUCUACUGCUCCUCCCGAAAUGGAAUGGGUUAUAUAUGGAUCUGGUGACUAUGACGACCAUUCCCCGUGCAACAUGGAAGACGAGGACGGAUCUUCUUACGAGUACCCACACGAUAUCGAGAGCAUGAACGACGAGCGGAAAACGAGCGGCGAUGUUGAUCGGAAAAACGGCUCUUAUGGCCCGGCGGCAGCACGACCCUGCGGAGAUGCGGCUAGUGUUGCAAACACGGAGCUCCUGAUAGCAAUGCCCGAUGAACUAUCGAGUUGCGACAUUGCAAAGUAUGACGAGAAGCAACGCCAGAGGUUCACAAAGAACAACAAGCCAGCCGCGUCACCGUCAAGCCCAAGCGAAGAACCUAUCUCCCCAACCAAUAGCACUCACAGCGGGCAAUUCGAAACGCUACAUGGCACGCCAUGGAAGUCGAGGACACAUGGCCCUGGAACCGAGGUCAGAGUACCCUACAGAAUCCUCCGGGGAGCCACAUACCAGGUAGAUGAUCGUUAUGACAGAGUCGACCAUUGGCGACCAAGACGUGAACGUCCUUUGGGAAGCAUCCCCGGACCUUUUGUUGAGCCAAGAUAUGAGUAG